AUGUUAAUACGAAUGAAUAGUUACUUUAUUUGUAUGAUAGUACUUACUGAUAUUAGUUUUGCCACAAUUUCACUAACGGAAGAACAACAACCAAGUGAUGCACAUUUUGCGGUCAAUAGUAAUAUGGCUGUGUUUGCUCGCAAUCGAGAUCGUCUUCUUUAUGUGACAAGUAGUCCUUACAUAGAAACCAAAAGGCAAUGUCAAUUGGAAUAUGAUUUAUUGAGGAUAAAGUUCGUCGAAAAGAUAGCUUUGGGUAAAGAUGAAUACGAGGGUCCAUUCACAUAUACUUUCAUUGGAGCGACUGAUUCAUCGCCAACUGAUUACAAUCUAUAUAUGAUACGUGCGACAAAAGAUUAUUUGAAUUCAUGUUCCAAUCUUUCUAUACAACCAAUAAGCGUGUCUCGGCUUGUCAGUAGCGAAACAGGAUAUGCUCUCACUAUGCAUCCAUUUGGUAAACAAGUUUAUAUCAUUGGUAAUGGAUAUCUUUGUGAUAUUCACGUAAAUCAGUCUAUGUGUGGCAGAAUAGGCAUACUAAAUGCGACGAACAUGUUUAUCAAAACAAUCGAAGUAACCAGCGAUAAAUAUAUAUUCAUAGGAGUUUAUUCUCAAAAAAUGAAUGAAUUAGUUCCCGAAUUGUACAUAUUCGAAACCGUUGAUACAUCUGAUAAGAUUCUCAUUAAACAUUUUCCUAUGAUGAGUACUGGAGAGAUUCCUCGUGGACGUGCAACAAUGACAAUGUCUGUGCAUGGAUCACUUAAGGAUCCUAGAGAGUUUGUGCUUGCUGUUGGUAUUCCAGAAAUAGAUACUGUUUUGAUAUACGUAUUGACUCUGGAUAGAACACUAUUGGUAAAAAUUCAUAGAUCACCUUUGAAAGGUGUUCAAUUUGGCCAAUCUAUAUUUAUAACUCCAAAUAGAAUGUAUGGCGUACUUGCCGCUUCGCUCUCUACUCAACCUUGGUCGAACUCACGAAUACAGUUCUAUCCUAUUCCACCUGCAACUGAUGGACCUCCAGAAAUAAUAAGUCCAAAGCCACUUUUCAUCUAUCCCAAUAAUCAACAGACACUUUUGAAAACUGUGAUUGUAGAAUCUUCUUCAGAUCACAUUGUAAACGUAGUAGGUUGGUCAGCAGGAUUCGGUGUGGUAGUGAAUAGUAAUAAUAUUCACUAUGCUCUUUUGAUACCAAAUACACCUCCUGGUAACAUCGCUAUUGCACCAACUAUACCGCACACUAUUUUCAUUUCUGCAAAUCAAGCAUGUCCACUUGGCACUCAAAAACUCGCUACUGAUUUUGGACCUUGCGUUCUUUGUCCACCGCAAACAAGAAACAAUGGAAGUUCAGGUGUUCAGUGUCAAGAAUGCGAUAAAAACAGUUCAUCCAUGAUAUGUUUUCGUGGAGCGAGUAUCGAAAUUAAUAAAACUGACUUAACCAGCUACCGACAAGUUCAACCCUAUCUGAACUCACCUGGUUCAACCGAGUUCGACGAUAUUCUUUUAAAUCAUGUUUUCAAAUUAAAAUUACCUUCAAACAUGCGUUGUUUACUUCUAGCUCCACUAUUCUGGGGUUUACUGGCUAUUGGCAUAGGACUAAUGCUUCUCCUUCUAAUGAUCAUUCUAAGCUUUAUUCCAAAGAUGCAAAAUCAUCGGACAAUAUUGAAAAGGAUUUUCGUUCGUUUGGAUAUUAUCGGUGAAGGGCAACUUUGGUUCGGUGGUCUUCUUACAUUGGCCAUUAUCACAUUAAUCGGUUUUACAUGUAAAUUUAGUAUCUCUUUUGUUAGUUUAUAUCCAAUAGAACAGGUUUCAAUAAAUACUCGCAAGGCAUUAUCAUGCGACGAAAAUAUAUUAAAUGCAAAAUUCUCAAGUACUUUGCAGCUACUGUCUACUCUAAAGCGCGCUGAAGAAAAACCUAUAUUUGAUCUACUCGACACCCAAGAACUUAUACUUAGGGUUGAAUUCAUCAGUACAGGCUUUCAGUGUUCGAGCACAGCUGUUCAAGAGAAUUUGAAUCGUGGACACAGUCAACCUAUAAACAACUUCAAUUGCUCUUAUGAACAGGAAAAGAACUCAUUAAUAAUUUCUUCAGUUUUACCUCAGCAUCUUGUUACUCUGCAGCUUACGCUAACCGGACCGUUCUUCGUGGGUGCACUGCGCAUAUGUCUAUCUGGCCCUGAAAUACAAACUCAUAAGGGGAAAUACACGGUUAAACACUUAGAUUUUUGUCAAUUUCUAUAUCCAUCUGAUCAAGUAUUAACCGUAGAACCAACCAUAAGUAUUGAAAUGACUAGGAUUAUCAAUCGCACGGAUAGCGUUAUAGAUAAGGACAAUACGUUUUCUGCUAUAUGGCUACCAACACUAACGAUGAAAAGUGCUUUGUGGGACUCACAUAUAUACAAGAACGAUCAGGAUGAAUACCGUCGUUCUUUGAAUUGGCAGGUUGCUCUUGUAGUAGACUUUACACAAUCCAAAUUCUAUAUGCAGAAUGUUCAAGAACCGAUCGCACGUGGAUAUGAAAUAGUCUUCAAAACAAUUCUUUUCUCAAUGUUAGUUCUCGAACUCUUCGGCUUAUUAUUUCUGAUGUUCAAACUUCUUAUUAUUCCGUUGGUACGAUUUAUUCGACGAAUCACUUGUCCAUCCUUAGCAUAUAAGCAUGAUCAUAGCAAUAUCCAGACGUCAAACAAUGACGAUAACUGUAUUGAAGAUAUUGUUACAUCAACCAGAAGCAUGGAUUGUAAUUGA